UAGUUUUCUCUCUAGUCACUUGCUUCCUGGUUCUUGGGUUUUUCAUCGUCAAUCUAUCGAUUCAUUGAUCUUAGCAAUGAAGCGCGGUAUCGCAGUUCUCGCAUUGUUCUUGGUUAUCCUCCUUGCGCUUGAUGGAGCUCUUGCGAUGCGCUCCCUGGCGGAGGAAGAGAAGCAGCCAUCCAAGAAAUCUCCCGAUGUGAGCGAUCAAGAGGAGGAAGAGGAGGUGUUCCAACCUCAAGGUGGUGGACGGGGAGGACACGGUGGCGGAUACGGCGGUCGCGGAGGAUAUGGCGGGGGAUACGGAGGUGGGCGAGGAGGCUACGGUGGUGGAUACGGUGGCGGCCGCGGAGGGUACGGCGGUGACCAUGGAGGGUACGGUGGUGGGUAUGGCGGUGGCCGCGGUGGGUACGGUGGCGGCCGCGGAGGGUACGGCGGUGACCAUGGAGGGUACGGUGGUGGGUAUGGCGGUGGUCGCGGUGGGUACGGUGGCGGGUACGGUGGCGGCCGUGGCCAUGGCGGGUACGGCGGUGGCUAUGGUGGCGGACGUGGCCAUUUCUCCGAGGGAGAAGACGUUGCUCCUUGAAAGGUUCUCGCUUUAAACUUUAUAAAAAGGUAGUCAAAGUAAAAUUAAAAUACUCUCGUGAAAUAAAACUUUUAUUUUCACCUGGGA